UAUCUACGGCCUGCGAUGCACCCCUCGGGUGGGCAAUUCGUUCCCACCCCCCAGAGACACGGUCCCGACCUCACAAAGAGUUGGGGGCUGAUAAAUCGCGACUUCGCGUUGCGAACGAGGGAAUGGGCCGUCUCGCAGAGGAGUCUGGUUUUUCCUGUUGCCGUUGCCGCCGUGAGGGGGGAAACGGCACCAAUUGCUGGUCGGGCGUCCCAGUGUCCUCGUCUGCUUGUGCCGUUUUCGUGGGUUCUUUUCCUGGAGCAGCGUCCGGAGCUCUCUCUCACAAAGGUUGUUUUCCUUCUUUGGAAUCUGUAUUUUGUUUCUUUGUCUCCCCUUCGUCCGUUUACCGGUUCCCUUCACCCCCGCCCCGUCGUCAAAAUGGUGAACUUUUCAGUGGAGCAGAUGCGUGAGAUUAUGGGCAAUCCGAAGAACAUUCGGAACAUGUCCGUCAUUGCCCACGUCGACCACGGAAAGUCGACGCUGACAGACUCCUUGGUCUCGAAGGCCGGUAUUAUUUCCGCUAAGGCGGCCGGUGACGCACGUUUCACAGACACCCGUGCGGACGAGCAGGAACGCUGCAUUACCAUCAAGUCGACUGGUAUUUCCAUGUACUUCGAGCACGACAUGGAAGACGGCAAGGGUGCGCAGCCGUACCUUAUCAACCUUAUCGACUCUCCGGGACAUGUCGACUUCUCCUCUGAGGUCACAGCUGCCCUCCGUGUCACUGACGGUGCGCUCGUGGUCGUCGACACCAUCGAAGGUGUGUGCGUCCAGACCGAGACUGUGUUGCGUCAAGCUCUGGCUGAGCGUAUUCGCCCUGUUCUCCACGUGAACAAGGUCGACCGCGCUCUCCUCGAGUUGCAGAUGGACGGUGAAGAAAUCUACCAGACCUUCUCCCGAACGAUCGAGAACGUGAACGUCAUCAUAUCCACCUACAACGACGAGCUGAUGGGAGACGUCCAGGUCUACCCUGAGAAAGGAACUGUCUCCUUCGGUAGCGGUCUCCACGGCUGGGCCUUCACCGUCGAGCGCUUCUCCAAGAUCUACGCGAAGAAGUUCGACGUCCCCAAGGAGAAAAUGAUGGAGCGUUUGUGGGGCAACAACUUCUACAACGCCAAGGAGAAGAAGUGGACCAAGACUCAGAGCGAGAACACUCGCCGUGCUUUCUGCCAGUUCAUCAUGGACCCGAUCUGCACUCUCUUCACCUCCAUCAUGAACGACGAGAAGGAGAAGUACACCAAGAUGCUUGGCAGCUUGGGCAUUGAGCUCAAGGGUGACGACAGGGACCUGACUGGCAAGGCGCUCCUGAAGCGUGUGAUGCAGCUUUGGCUUCCGGCCGGUGACACUCUUCUGGAGAUGGUUGUGCGCCACUUGCCUUCUCCGUUCGCGGCUCAGAAGUACAGAGUCGAGAACUUGUACGAGGGUCCGAUGGACGACGAGGCUGCUCAGGGUAUCCGCAACUGUGACCCCAACGCGCCUCUGAUGAUGUACGUCAGCAAAAUGGUGCCGACCUCCGACAAAGGUCGUUUCUACGCCUUCGGUCGUGUGUUCUCUGGCACUGUCGCGACUGGCCAGAAGGUCCGCAUCCAAGGCCCGCGCUACGUGCCUGGCGAGAAGACCGACUUGUACAUCAAGAGCAUUCAGCGCACCGUCAUCAUGAUGGGGAAGUACGUCGAGCAUGUCCAGGAUGUGCCUUGUGGAAACACCUGCUGCCUGGUCGGUGUUGACCAGUACCUGCUCAAGUCCGGGACGCUGACGACUCUGGACACCGCUCACAACAUUGCGGACAUGAAGUACUCCGUGUCGCCCGUCGUGCGUGUGGCCGUGAAGCCGAAGGACAACAAGGAGCUGCCGAAGCUCGUGGAAGGUUUGAAGAAGCUGUCCAAGUCUGACCCGCUGGUCGUUUGCACAACCGAGGAGUCUGGUGAGCACAUCAUUGCCGGGUGCGGUGAGCUGCACGUCGAAAUCUGCCUGAAGGAUCUCCGCGACGAGUACGCACAGAUCGACUUCACCGUCUCCGACCCCGUCGUCUCUUACCGUGAGACCGUCUCUGCUCCUUCUCACAUGACUUGCCUGUCCAAGUCGCCGAACAAGCACAACAGGCUGUACAUGGUUGCCGAGCCGUUCCCCGACGGACUGGCGGACGCCAUCGAGGCCGGCCAGGUCAACGCUCGCGACGACCCGAAGGAGCGCGCGAAUGCCUUGGCUGAGAAGUUCGACUUCGACAAGAACGCAGCCCUCAAGAUUUGGUGCUUCGGUCCCGAGACGACUGGCGCCAACAUGCUCAUUGAUACCACUCAGGGAGUGCAGUACCUGAACGAAAUUAAGGAGCACUGCAACUCGGCCUUCCAGUGGGCCAGCAAGGAAGGUGUGCUCUGCGAAGAGAACAUGCGUGGCAUCCGCUUCAACCUUACCGACGUCACCAUGCACGCUGACGCUAUUCACCGUGGCGCUGGCCAGAUCAUGCCCACUUGCCGUCGUGUCCUGUACGCCUGCCAGUUGGCGUCUGCUCCCCGUCUCCAGGAGCCCAUGUUCUUGGUUGACAUCACCUGUCCCCAGGACGCCGUCGGUGGUAUCUAUUCCACCCUCAACACCCGCAGAGGGCACGUUUUCCACGAGGAACAGCGCUCCGGUACUCCGCUUGUCGAAAUCAAGGCGUACCUGCCCGUCGCCGAGUCCUUCGGUUUCACCACCGCCCUCCGUGCCGCCACUUCCGGACAGGCCUUCCCGCAGUGUGUGUUCGACCACUGGAGCACCCUCAACGGCGACCCUCUGGAGAAGGGCUCCAAGAUGGAGGAGCUCGUCCACAACAUCCGUACCCGCAAGAACCUGAAGCCUGAAAUUCCGCCCUUCGAAAACUACUACGACAAGCUGUAAGGCGGAUGUCCGUGAAGGUGGAGGGCACCCAGCCGAAGCGCGGCGCGGUGCGACGCACUGUCCCUACACUAAAGCCGAGUGUGUGGGAGACGGCAUGCCUGUCAAGCGGUUCUUUGGGCAACUGCAAAUGCCCUGGCCCUGUGGCGAGUUGGGGCCAUGUAGUCGGCGUCGAAUACCACGUGACCAUCCAUGUACUAGAUCAUUUGUUGAUCUGUCGUCGCAAGGACCUCGCUGUGAGUCGUUGCUGGAGUCCUGUUUCUGUCGCACACGUAUAGGUUUUGAAGCAUCGUGAGCACGUAUGGUGUGCCCAACCCGCAAGACGUGUCAUGCGUUUGUACUUGUGGUGGGGGCGGAAAAUGGUUUCUAUGUACGCAUAUACGUGUAUGUUUGUGUACAUGUGUAUACGUAUGUGACACAAGUGCCUUGUAUGUUUGUGGGGGCAGACUGACGAUGCGUGAGACGCCUGGUUUCUCAAAGAGACAGCGUCUGGUGCACGAGUGAUGCGCUCUUUAUUCCUAAGUGUCGUUUACUGCGACCUCAACGCAUUCGACCAUGACGGUUAUUUAGGCCUCCAGGACCACAGAUUUGUUCAGAAGAAAGUCGUUUUUUACAUUCUGCGCCGGUACUGCGCUUUUGCGAAGCUUUACAUCGUACGCCUAGAUCCACACCUACACGUG